AUGAAAGAGGGUACAACACAAGUAUUCAAAGUCCGAAGGACAGAAAGUAAGACAUGGGACGUAGACAUUCAUGAGAAUGUGAGGUAUUGGCUUGACGCCUUUGGUUUCAAAGGCGUGAUGGAUUGUGGGAGGUUGAUGAAGGUCGACAAUGAGCUGAUCAAGGCUUUGAUUGAGCGUUGGAGGCCGGAGACGCACACUUUCCAUCUACCGAUCGGAGAGGCGACGGUGACCUUGGAAGAUGUGCAAGCCAUUUGGGGUUUGAGAGCGGACGGUCGCGUUUUCUCAGGGCGUGACUAUCAUGUCGGAUAUCCAGAUUGGCCUAGCAAGUGCAACGAUUUGUUGGGAUGGAUACCGGAUACUUCCGCAGAGACAAAGCAAGGCGGUUUGCUGAUGACCACGCUGAUCAACCAGACGAGGAUACCUCUGGGUGAUGACCUACCUAUAUACGUAUACAUCCAAAGGGCACGUAAUCAUGCCCUAAUUUUGUUAGGAGGUCUCAUUCAACCAGACACCACGGGGUGUAAGGUUCCAUUUAUGUGGUUGAACGCGUUUGAGGAUCCGGACGAGGUGCAUGCUUUUAGUUGGGGAAGUGCGGCUUUGUCCUACCUUUAUCAUUAUCUGUGCGAGGCUUCCAUGUAUAAGAGGAAAGAUUUGGGCGGGCCUAUGAUCCUUCUGCAGCUAUGGGCGUGGGAAAGAAUGCUCGCAUUGAGGCCUUCGUGGAAAGGAACAACGCAGAUAGGAAAUGCUCCUAGAUACUCGGUUGAGCAUUACCGUGACCAAAUAUCCCUGAUUAGACCUGACCAGUUUAUCUGGACGCCAUACGCACAUUGCAUACUGCCUAACUACUGCAGUGAUGUCAAUGAAUGCUCUUUGUGCAAUACCUACUUGGUGUGUUGGGCCUAUGUCGAGGCACAUGAGGCUGGACGAGUGCGGCGACAGUUCAAUCGGUAUCAGGAUAUUCCUCAAUAUGUAGACAGGAUGCUAAAGAAUGCCGAUCAUUUGGGCAAAAAUGACCGGCGUGGUAAGAAGGGCAACAACUGGGAAAACACGCAUCAGUUCUACAUUGGGGAGUGA